GAACGUGCAUGUACAGCAUAGUCUCAUAUCACCGCGAAAAGGGAGCUCAACAUUUUGCCAUGUGGCCACCAGAUGUACCACUCAUUCCCGCGGCCGCCACCACCUCCGCACAGAUUCUGAACGUCUCGCAUGACUCGACCCCCCCUUGUCAAAAGGAGGCGUCUGAAAAGCUCAGUGCCAAGCGAAGGGCAUUUCAGAUCUCCCGCAAAAACAAAAAAAAAAGAAAGGGCCGUCUACCGAGACGCUCGGGAUGUGGGCGGGCGAAAAGAGAGAGAAGGUUUCUGUACGGAUGCGAUGCCAAGUUCUCACACUCCUUCUGGGACCAUGGCGGACAACAAGCAGCGCAGGAAAGGGUCGGGAAGUGCGAGCCUCACCUGCGUGAGGAGCAUGGGUACGACUGCCAGCGCAGCGCCGCCGCCCGUCACGUCGCUGCUUGAGAGUGUCUACCGCAACGGGACGAUGGCCGACAGCCAGCAGUCCCUCAGCGCCAGCCCCUUUCAGACGGUCAACGUCCACAACAACAAGGCCAAGUCCAUUAUCACCAACAAGGUGGCACCUGUUGUCAUCACGUAUAAUUGCAAGCAGGAGUUUCAGAUUCAUGAUGACAUCCUCAAGAGCAACUACAAAGUGGGGCGGAUAUCGGAUGCCAUGCCUGAGCACUACCUGGUGCAGGGCGAGUACUUCAUGGUGCAAGAUGUGUACAGCAAAGCGGACGUCCUCAGUACCACCAGCACCUGCGGGGCGCCCAACUUCCGCCAAGUCAAGGGGUCUUACCCGCUGUACGGGAUGGGUCAGCCCAGCCUGAAUGGUUUCAAGCAGGUUCUGAAGAGGCUCCAAGGGCAAGGGCACCAGGAGGUCAUUUUCUUCUGCGUGCGGGAGGAGCCGGUGGUCUUCCUGCGCAGGGGCGACGACUUCGCCCCUUACACCCCCAGGAGGAAGGAAAACCUCCAUGAGAACCUUCACGGCCUGGAAAAAGAGGAGCAGGUGGAAAACCUGGAGCUCACCAUCAGGAAGGAGCUCUAUGACUUUUCCAAACUCAACGACAACAUCUUCUACGUCUACAACGACAUCGAGUACCUGAAGGACGAGCCGCAGAAGACGGUCAUCUCGUGCGAGGAGGACAUCCACGUGACCGAGGAGGUUUACAAGAGGCCCGUGUUCACCAUGCCGGCCUACAGGUAUUAUAGAUUACCACUACCAGUAGAGGGCGCCCCACUGGAAGAAGACAUUGAUGCUUUUGUAAACAUACUCAGGGAGAGCCCCAGCUUGUCUCUGGGACAGGACGCCACGCGGCAGCUGCCAGCUCUGCUCUUCAGUUGCCAGGUGGGCGUCGGCCGCACCAACCUGGCCAUGAUCCUGGGCACGCUGGUCAUGAACCGACUCAAGGGUGACUGCUGUCCGCCACCUCAACUUGAGAACGUGGCUGCAUCUCAAGAUCCCAAGCCAGUUUUCCGCCUCAUCCAGUCUCUUAUCGCCAGGCUGCCUAACGGACAGCAAGUCAUGGAGGAGGUGGACCAGGCCAUAGCGCUGUGCUCAGAAAUGCACAACAUUAAAGAAGCAAUAUAUGAGAACAAAAGCAAGCUGGAGGGGAUUGGAGAUGAUUACCAAAUUCAGGGAAACAGCACCAAAGACUACUUCCUCAACAGAACCAGACAGAGCUUGGAGCGCUACUUCUACUUGAUCGUGUUUAACGCGUACCUCCACGAGCAGUAUCCCCUCGCCUUCGUGUCCAACUUCAGCCAGUGGAUGUGCUGCCACACUUGGCUGUACCGCCUCCUGGCCCGUAUGGACCUUUCCGAGCUGUCGGCGCCUCCACAGCUGGUCACCAGAGGAGCCCGUGUAUUGGUGGCGGACGAAUACUUGGCCCCCGAUGUCCUCAGCACGGUGAAGGAGAUGAAGGCGGUCAACUUCAGGCGGGUGCCCAAGAUGCCCGUUUACGGAAUGGCGCAGCCGACAUCAGAGGCUACAGGAGCUGUUUUGGCCCACCUGACGGAUGAAAAGAGGAAGCAUAGCCACGUGUUGUGGGUCAACCUGCAGGAGGAGCUGGUCCUCGAAGGCAACGGCCAGAUCUUCACGCAGAGGGAACCGUCGCGCUUGGAUCAGCACAUUCCUAUCCCGUCUUCAGACCCGCAUGUCAUCGAGAAACUGGAGCGCUCCCUGAAGGACGAGGUCCUGCGAGCCCAGAAGUGGCUGGAGGUGACGCUGGAGCAGGAGAAGCAGAUGAAGAUGUUCAAAAGCAUCUUGACGGUGCAGGAGAUCUUCACACAGCACAAAAACUCCACGCAGGGUCUCAUCUACAAACGCAUCCCUUUGCCAGACUGCCACGCCCCCAGUGAGGAGGAUUUUGACAAGCUGCUGGAUGCAAUGAAGAGCACCCUGGCCGAGGACUCGUGUUCGGCCUUCGUCUUCAACUGCUCCAACGGCAAAGGAAGGACCACCACCGCCAUGGUGGUCUCUGUGCUCACUCUGUGGCACUUCAACGGGUUUCCAGAAUUUACAGAAGACGAGAUAGUGAGCGUCCCUGAUGCCAAGUAUACAAAAGGAGAGUUUCAGGUGGUAAUGCAGCUGGUGCGCCUGAUCCCCGACGGCCAGCGGAUGAAACGCGAGGUGGACAUGGCCCUGGACUUCGUCUCGGAGACCAUGACGCCCAUGCACUACCACCUGAGGGAGAUCAUCAUCUGCACGUACAGACAGAUCAAAAGUGGCAAGUCGGAGAAAGAGUGCCAUCAACUUCUGCUGCAGAGCUUGCAGUACCUAGAGCGCUACAUUUACCUCAUCCUCUUCAACACGUACCUGCACCUGGAGAAGAAAGACUCCUAUCAGCGCUCCUUCACUCUCUGGAUGGAGCAGGACGCCGCCCGUGCAGGAGUUUACGACAUCCUCAACCGGCUGAGCUUUAGCGAGUUCAAGAACCCCAAGGACGCCCCGCUGGCCCGACUGCGUUGGCGCUGGCAGCAACAGAAUCUUCCGUCACUUCCUUUCCGGGGGGACUUCCUGUGAGGGGGAAUCACUGUGAACCAUGAAAUACAGUACUGUGCUUUUCACAAUAAAAGACUUAACUUGAUGCCUUGCUAACGGCCCUGUAAACACGUUUGUAUUGUUUAGAGUCUUAAAAGGUAGAAGUUGUUGUGCCUUUUUCCUCAUGAGUGCUAAAAGUUUUAUCAUACUAAUAUUUAUCUUCUUUAUAUGCAGUUGAGCGGUGAGAAGAGGAGUCACUCCACAGAAAGAUGGUCAUUGUUCAUCUUCUAUUAGGGCUACACUGAAAUAAUACAAAGGUAUUCUCGUCAACCAUUCCGAUUUUGUUCUUGGUAACUUCUGGCUUUCAUUUUUCUUGUUCAAUUCUGACUAUUUCCCUAAAAAAAACCUUUUUUGUAGAAAAAUCAUGGCUUUAUUCUCACAUUGUCAAACUAAAUAUUUAAUCCAAUUAUCCACAUUGAUGGAUUCAUUUUGAUUAAUCGCAAUUGAAUAUCAUUUUUUUUAGUCAGUAAAAUUACAUGUUUUAAAUAACAUUUUGACUUUAUUCAUGUGAAAGUGUGCCCAUUUUCUCUAUAAUAUUAUAACAUUCUGUAUUUUUUUCCUCGUAAAGAUACAAUUUAUUCAAACAAUUUAUUACAUUAAAAAUAGGACUUUUUUCUUGUAAUAUUUCUACUUUAUUACAGCGAUAUUCUCCUCAAAAAUUGUACAAAUCAUUACAAUUUUCACUCCAUUGAUGUAAAAUUCUGCCCUUCUUCUCAUACUAUAACUAAUAUUGUAAAAAAAAAAAAAAAAAACAUGUUUUUUCCUGUUCAAUUCUGACUAUUUCCCUAAAAAAACCCUUAUAUUUUUGUAGAAAAAUCAUGGCUUUAUUCUCACACUGUCAAACAAAAUAUUUAAUCCAAUUAUCCACAUUGAUGGAUUCAUUUUGAUUAAUCGCAAUUGAAUAUCAUUUUUUUUAGUCUGCUACAAGAGCAAAUAAAAUGAGGAAAGAAGAGAAUACUGUAUGUAUGUACUUAUUAAACAUGUUUUACAGUCACUCUGCAGAUGAUAUAAGAAUAAUGGAUUGAUUUUGACAACCCUACUUUAUUUUUCCAAUACUACAAAUGUAUUUGUGUUAAAAUCUCGUACUAUCAUGGCUUUAUUUAACACAAGUUUAUUUUUGUAAAAUUGCGACUCAUUAUUUUAUGACAGUAUUCCCACAAAAAUAUGUUUUUAUUCCAAUAAUUUC